AUGAUAUUGCAGUUAGGAAAGACAACGAAACUAAUAGGAAAUAAAGAUUAUCAUCAGCUUCGGCGUGUUCGGGAUGUUCGAGGUAGUGAGAUGAAGAAGAGGGAGAAGGGUAGGAGUGAUAUACAACAGAUUGUUGAGGAAAAAGCAACAAAUUUUGUGAAAUGGGCUGAGCAUCUACCACCAUACAUUAUCAUAUCCGCUGGAAAAUUGGUGUUGUGGCAUUAUUAUUCCUACAUUCGCUAUUGCUUGUGGUGGUGGUGGUGGUGGCGGUAUAGUGGUAGCGGUAGCGGUAACGUAGUGGCAGUGACGGUAAUUUUGCCUUUAAAUAGCCAAUAUUUCAUCCUUCCAGCUUCUACCCCAAUUGGCCCCUUCCAAGUGGGUUCAAACACUACCAAAUUCACCGACAGUAACCACCGUGUUCCCGCAAUAUCCAUUGAAUGGCUUUUACCGAUUGCCGCUAACACAGCUUAA